AUGAAGGCCCUCGCGGCCACCGCGGCGGAGAUCUUGAAGACCCCGACGUUCAUCAAAAUUACAGCUAUUGCCAUCGCGGUGGCGGGGAUUUGUUGUAGUGUGCUAGUUCUACAUGUGUGGUUCAGUAAUGUACCCCAUACAAGACUUGUCGAAGAUAAAGGUGGUCAAAAUUGGAUAGCGAUUAAGAAAGAUAAAUUUGUGUUUCCUGGAGGCGGAACACAGUUUAUUCAUGGGGCAAAUGAGUACUUGGAUCAGAUUUCUCAGAUGAUUCCUGAAAUUGCAUUUGGCCGCAAGACCCGAGUAGCGUUAGAUGUUGGUUGUGGAGUAGCGAGUUUUGGUGCCUUUUUGAUGCAACGGAAUGUGACCACUCUGUCAGUAGCGCCAAAAGAUGUCCAUGAGAACCAGAUCCAGUUUGCACUAGAGCGUGGUGUGCCUGCUAUGGUGGCAUUGGGAAAUACAUAUUCAUUCUGUAAUUUCACAACUCACCGCUUGUUGUAUCCAAGCCAGGCUUUUGACUUGAUCCACUGUUCAAGAUGUAGAAUUAAUUGGACUCGUGAUGACGGAAUUUGGCUUCUCGAGGUUGACAGGUUGCUGAGAGCAGGAGGAUAUUUUGUUUGGGCAGCGCAGCCUGUUUAUAAACAUGAAGAAGCCCUACAAGUACAAUGGAAAGAAAUGGAGGACCUGACUACACGCAUUUGCUGGGAACUUAUAAAGAAGGAAGGGAUGAUUGCCAUAUGGAGGAAACCUUUGAACAACAGCUGCUAUCUUAGUCGUGAUGUCGAAGUGCAGCCUCCAUUAUGUGAUUCCAGUGAUGAUCCAGACAAUGUUUGGUAUGUUGGUUUGAAGGCAUGCAUCACUCGGUUACCUGAAAAUGGUUAUGGAGCAAAUGUUUCUUUGUGGCCUGCAAGGCUUCAGGAUCCACCAGACAGACUCCAGAGCAUACGAUUAGAUGCCUAUAUAUCUAGAAAAGAAAUCUUCACGGCUGAGGCAAAGUACUGGAAUGAAAUAUUAACAGGUUAUGUUGGUGCUUACCAUUGGAAAGAGUUAAACUUUAGAAACAUAAUGGACAUGAGGGCUGGAUAUGGAGGGUUUGCAGCAGCAUUGCAUGACCACGGGCUAGAUUGUUGGGUAAUGAAUGUUGUUCCUGUUUCUGGGUUCAACACCUUACCAGUUAUUUAUGACCGUGGACUUAUUGGAGUAAUGCAUGACUGGUGUGAGCCAUUUGACACUUAUCCAAGAACAUAUGACUUAUUGCACGCAGCGGGUCUCUUCUCUAUCGAGCAAAAGAGGUGUAAUAUCUCAACCAUCAUUCUUGAAAUGGACCGAAUGUUAAGGCCUGGGGGACGCGUUUAUAUACGUGACUCUGUGUCUGUAAUUGGUGAGCUUCACGAACUUGCAAAUGCGGUUGGAUGGGUGCCUGCACUACACGAUACAGGAGAAGGACCCCAUGCAAGCUGGAAGAUCUUAAUAGGUGACAAGCGUUUGUGACAAUAUGAUUUAGUGCAAAGAAACUGAGGUCUUUUUCUACAAAAAAGGAAUCGAAGUCUCUCACCGCAUGAAAGAAGCCAGCGCAACUAACUUAUUGGACAUUUUAUGUUGUAUAAUCUGAGCAUUAGCUUGCACAUUCACUUUUGUUGUUUUUGAAAGGAAGAAUCCAAAUGCACAGAAUAGGUGGUCAAAGACUAAGAUGUGCAUAAAUUAACACUCA